CGGGGUUGUAACAUUAGAUGAUGCGCAACUUGGGUGAUUCAUUACACGGUAAACUAAUGCCCUUGUUUCAUUGGGUUGGGCUCUCUGGAAGGUGUGCUGCUGUGUAGGUGGCUGGAAGAACACUCACAGGUGUGGAAAGAAAGGACUUGCCACCGACCUGGGCUUCUAGGGACCUUUCUCUUGACUGGGAAGGAUUUUGAUGUUAAUGUGAUGUUAAAUAUCUCCAGAAGAUUCAAGAAGCUGUGAAAUAAGUCUGUGAAGGACCAGCAUGGGAAUCCUAUACUCUGAGCCCAUCUGCCAGGCGGCCUAUCAGAAUGACUUGGGUCAAGUGUGGCAGUGGGUGAAGGAAGACGGCAACUGUAUCAACGUUCAAGAUGGCUUUAAUGGAGACACCCCCCUGAUCUGCGCUUGCAGGCGAGGGCACCUGAGAAUCGUUUCCUUCCUUCUCAGAAGAAACGCUGAUGUGAACCUCAAAAACCGGAAACAGAGAACCUGCUUGCAUUAUGCUGUGAAGAAAAGAUUUACCUUCUUUGAUUAUCUACUCAUUAUCCUCUUAAUGCCUGUCCUGCUUAUUGGCUAUUUCCUCAUGGUAUCAAAGACAAAGCAGAAUGAGUCUCUUGUACGAAUGCUACUUAACGCUGGUGCCGAAGUUAAUGCUACAGAUUGUUAUGGCUGCACUGCGCUACAUUAUGCCUGCGAAAUGAAAAACCAGACUCUCAUCCCUCUGCUCCUUGCAGCCCAUGCAGACCCCAUGAUAAAGAACAAGCAUGGUGAGAGUUCCCUGGAUAUUGCACAGAGAUUAAAAUUUUCCCAGAUUGAAUUACUGCUAAGGAAAGCGUCAUAAUCAUUAUGACCUCAUAUGAAGAAGUACAAAAAGGACUGGAUUCUGUUUCCAUCUUGGACUGUUGGUCUGUGGACCACUCAAUCUGGAGGUCACCAUGGUAUGAGGAUAACUAUGGUUGCCACGGGUAAUGUUUUGGAAGAGCUUUGUAUUUCUAAUGUUUUUUUUGCUCAAUGGAGUUCACUGUGGUCAAAAUCCUUCUAGAGGAAACACUAGAGCUGUCGGAUUCUCCACUGCAGUCAAAAAAGGGUGAUGUUUCAAACUCAGUCUCUCCUAAAGGAGAGGAUCGGCGUUAUCCACGUUAUCUGUUUUCAGUUGUGUUGCUCUUAUAAAGAGGCUGUCCCAUCCAUAUCCUGCCCCAGGAGAAAAACUGUUCUUCUGAGGCUCCUUUGAGGAAGAAUCAAAGCGUGCUCAUUUGUAUAGAAUGGUGUGCGUAUGUGUGCCGGUUUAGAGAUUCGUAUAUAAAUAUUCCAGCUUCAACAAAAUCGUCUAUCAGUUGUCACCACAGAUAUUGGCAAACGCUACAAGUCAGAGCCUUGUUUUCCUUUCCAAGGAGCCAGUGUACCAGCAUACCUCUAGAUGUUUUGCUAUCAAUUUACAAAUAAGAGCCGUCUUGAUUUUGAAAAACAUUAUGUAACUAUCAAGUUGUUUAUUGAAAAAUUGCUUAUGAUUCUCUUGUGAAUGCAAAGCAGUUACUAAUCUUGUUAUACUGUUUAUUUUUUAUUCAUAAAAUUAAAACUAUUACUGUAAAUUAUUUGUAUAAAGUAAUUCUUUACAAGAAAUAGAGCUAUAUGA